UUCUGUUUCUCUCUCUCUCUCCUCUCUUUCUUCUGUUUCUCUUUCUGUCGCUCUCUCUCUCCUUUCUCUCUCCUCUCUUCCUUCUGUCUGUCUCUCUCUCCCUCUCUCUCCUCUCUUUCUUCUGUUUCUCUCUCUCUCGCUCUCUCUCCCACCUUCUCUUCCUUCUGUUUCUCUGUCUUCUCUAUUGUCUGACUCUCUCUCUCCUCUGUUUCUCUAUUUUCCCAAUUUCUGUCUGUCUCUCUCUCUUUCUAUGUAUCUCUCUUCCCUCUCUCUCCCAUCUGUCUGUCUAUCUAUCUAUCUAUCUAUCUAUCUAUCUAUCUAUCUCUCUCUCUCUCCCUGCAUGUGUGUCUGUUUGUGCCGGAGUCACAGUGACAGUAACUGGAGGCGAUGCUGAUGCAGGGUGACAGGUGGUGACAUCAUCACUCUCCUUAAGGAAGAAUAACACACACACACACACACACACACACACACACGCCUCAGAAAUUCAUCCAAAACUUCCAGUCAUUAUAUAAGCAGGCCACAUCUCUCUGUCUCGCACACACUGAACACAGGAAGGUCUGUUUCUCUCCCUGAUGGACAGAUAAAAUUCCCCACGAGUGUGAAAUAAAGGAAAUAAAGUGUGAGUUUGACUUUGAACUCCUUCAGCGUGACGUCACGCAAUAAACACUUAUAGGAUUAUUUAUUUAUCUGAAGCCGGAAGCCACGUUUUAAUUAAUGUGAUAUAAACCGAAAUAUUAAACUUAUUGUUUAGUCAUGUCUUCGUGCUCCUCUAAAGAGAUUAACUGUGUUUCUGCCCCACAUUCCUCACAGGUAAAUACAGAGCAUAUGAAAUAGAUAAUAAAUAUAAUGAAUAAAGAAUAUAAAGUAGAUAAAAUGGGUUCAGUAAAGCAGGAUAAUCAGGUUCAGGAUUUUCACAAAGAAUUAUGCUGUUACUGAUUUGCACAUUAGGUUCAGUGACAAAUCUGUAAACUGGAGGUUUAGUUCAUGCAAAAUGUACAAAAUUUAAUGAAUUAACAGGCGGAAAGACUAAAAUUGGCGUGAAAGGUGUUUAUUAUAUUUAUUUACUUUAUAAUGUGUCUCAUGAACACUUAGCUAUAGAUUAAAUUAAUAAUUUAGAACAAAAACAUCGAGAAAUCUACAUUAUUAACGUGUUUAUGUCAGUUAAAACUCCAUAUAAUCACACUUUCUAACACUUUCUACAUGCUGGUGCUUCAUUAUUAUAUUCUUUAUUUUGUUUAUUAUUUAUUUAUUAAUAUUAUUAGUAUUAAAACUGAGAUGUACGUAACAUAAUCUGAGGAAGAUCCUCUAACUUCCGGGGAGAACCGGAAGUGUCACUAUAGCAACACUUCCGCGUGCAGCUGUUUUGAAGCGGGAGGCGGGCUGGUGGCGCGCGAGACGUUAGCGCUCAGAAGUAAACACUGGAGAAGUCCGUUUUAGUUUAAUUUAGUUUAAUUUAGUUUGAUAACAGUUGUUGAAAUUGUCGUGUGCGAUGGAAAAGCGUAAUGUGGAGAAGUUAAACUCACCGUCUGACUUCAUGACGACACAUUUAUCAGGCGUGACCCGUGCCUCCUCUCCGCUAGCCCUGCUCACUCCAUCUCACUUCACCGUGACCUCCACCGUGACCUCGACCCCGACCUUCUCCUCUGUGACCCCGGUGUGCCCCGCCCCCUCCCUCCCACCCCGCGGGGCAGAUCCCUGGACCCUCCUCACACACACUCACCAGGAAGUGCCGCAGCUCCACACACACCACACACACAGCUCACACACUCCACUGAGAGAGGAGAUGGAGGAGCUGAGGAGGAAGGUGGAGAGACUGAAGGAGGAGCUCAGAGAGAGAGACAGCAUCAUCAGCAGGCACUGUAUUGAGCGAAAUGACUCGUGUGCUAAACUUAAGCAGAGCACACAGAAGUUUGCGGAGCUGCAGACAGAGUGUGUGUUGCAGCGUGAGCAGUGGGACAGACAACUGCACAAUUCUAAAGAAGAAACACACAGUUUACAGAAAGACACACAGGAACAGAGUGUGUGUGUGCAGAUGCAGCAGAUGUGUGAGCGUCAUGCGGCAGAGCUUUCAGCUUUGACUCACACCACCUCAGAGCUGCAGAACACACUCCACACUCUCACACAGGAAGUGACAUCACUCAGGCACCAGGUGAAGGAAGUGACAUCAGAGAGAGAUGUGCUGAAGGAACAGCUGAGUGCUCUGAGCAGUGAGAAAGCGGAGCAGGCCGAGACUCUGCACAAGUUACGCAGCUACAUCGGCACACACACAGGAGGAGAGGAACAACACACACUCAUAGAGAGGCUGCAGAAGGAGAAAGAAGCAUUAUGUUCAUCUGUUGAACUGCUGAAUGUCCGAGUCAAAUCAGCUAACGAAAUCCUGACACUACAGGAGAGAGAGCUGGAGGAGCAGUGUGAUCCUCUCCAUAAAGACAGGUCAGUUCGGUUGUUGAGUUUGUGGAGAGAGAAGGUCUUCAUGCUGCUUGUACAACUACGAUCAAAAGACUCACAACUGCACGCUGAGAACACACAACUACAUCACACGGUCUCUGAUCUGCAGCAGGAGGUUCAGAAGCUGCAGUCGCAGAUCGCCUUACUACAACACAACCUUCAGGACAGAACUGCACAACUACAGCUACACAAUAUACACGCACAGGAGCUGCAGCAGCAGCUGUGUAGUGUUGUUGAAGAGAAUGAGAGACUGAAAAAACACAAAGAGAGCAGUGAGAAAUCUACUGCACACAUUACUGAUACUGUACGCAGGAUGAGUGUGUGUGUUGGGGAGUGGGAGAGUCAGAUUGAAGCUGCUCAGUGUCGUAUGAGUGCUUUGACACAGAGACUCAACUUUGCCAACACACGUCUCCACACUGUGCAUGGUUUGCUGAUGAGGAGAGAAGCUUUAUGGAAAGUACAACAGGCCACAAAACCUGCAGAACCUACAGCCUCAGACAGCUGCAUUGAGAGACUGCAGUCACAGGUGGCACUUCUGAGCUCAGAGAGAGACACACUCACCCAGGAACUGAAACGAACACCACAACUGAUCCAUAACGCACUGAGAGACCUACAGCUACAGUUGGACAGGAGCAGGGAGGAGUUGGCAGCGUGUGAGUUGCGGUGUGUGGAGGCUCACACACACUGUGAGGAACAGGAGCGGACUGUUGUCGAGCUGCGCGCUGAGGCCCAUCACACACAGACCGUUCUACAGGAGAAACUCUCUGAGGUGGAGAGUGUGUGUGCCACACAGCUCAGAGAGAUGGAGAGUCAACUGAACACAGCAAGGAGAGAACACACUAAAGCAGUUGUAGCGUUGCGGCAGGUGGAGCGAGCAGCUGAGAGAGAGAGACAGCAGGAGAGAGCAGCGGAGAGAGCGCGCUCAGAACUCACACAAACACACAUCACACAACUACACACACAACUGAAGGAAAAGGACAGAGACCGCAACAUUCUACUGGCGGUGGUUCAGCAGCAGGGUUUGAUGAGUGAAUAUAAGAAGAUGAGAAGAGCAGCGAUACACACAUCUACAGCUCUGACAGAUGAACAACAACAACAUAAACAACAACAUAAACAACAGCAGCAGACUGGAGAUACUGAACAGCAAGAGGGCAGUGUGUUGAGUGUGUUAUGUGAGCUACGCUCUCUCAGCUCAGCGCUCAUACACAGCACAGACGAGGAAGACGACGACGAUGAACAAGAACAAGGAGACCACACACACACACACACACACAGAAAUACUGAAACACUGAACACACACUCACACGAUCAAUAAACAGGGAGGGAAUUUAGAUUUUUUGCUGGGUUUUUGUAGUUAUAAUAAUUCAGUCCUGUUGGUAGUAGAGAGUAAUGUGGUAACGGAUCUGUGUUUUAUUCUAAAAGUGUAAUUAAUAAAUGAAUAAAUAAAUAAAUAAUUUUGUUUGACUUAAA